AUGGCCCGACUAUACUUAUUCUCCUCGCUUUCCGAGCUCGAGCUGAACUUCUUCUCGGGCAUGGUCUGGCAGACCGUACAAAGCGCAGAAGACGGAACCAUCACACUGUCCCACCCUUCCAAAUACUUCAUGCUCCAGUCUUCCAUCAUGCAGGCAUUGCUCGACCCCUCUGCACGCCACAUCCCCCGCCUGCGCUCCUUCGUUUUGAACAACCUUAUCCCGUUUCCCGCGCCUGAGUACGAAGGCAACGUGCUGAAGUCCAUCAUGUCCGGCCUCGAGGAUUUCUCGCUGACUGCGCACGCCUUGCGCUUCAAGGGCCGGCGCGGCGAGGACAUGUGGUCCUGGUUCUGGAGCGAGAUGAUGUCGGAGCGUUUCCUCGGGCCUGCGCAGCACACAUUAACGUCGCUCACACUAUUCAGCGACCAGCCAAUCGGGCAGUUCCCCACUGUCGACCUCUCGUGGCUCCGCUUCCCUCGUCUGAUGACGCUGAACCUCACCGGGUUCGUGUUCAGCGAGCACUGCCUCACCGAGGACUUCAUCGUGUACCACGGGCGUACGCUGCGCUCGCUCAUGCUGGACACCUGCCCUAUGCAUGUCGGUAACACAGACGACACUCCGCUACGCCCUUGGGCCCUGCUAUACCAACGAUUUUCUGACAAGCUAACGGCACUGCUCGAGUUCAAAACGCUCCGACGCACUGGCUGGGGGUUGCAUGAGCAUGACAAGCGCCUCGAGCUGCAGAGUCCGUAUGAGCGAAGCAUUACCGGCUAUGGAUAUGAGCGGGGUAAAGGUGUCAAGCUCACGCCGAAUGUCCUCCAAGCUGAUCGCGUCGCCCUGCGUAACUUUUUGCGAACGAUUAACGGACGAAGACAAUUGCAACAUCUGCUACCGCUGGUUCUGCCUGAGCUCCCGGUCACUCCUGCUAGUAUUUGUAUAUAA